AUUAACACUUUCAACAACAUUUCUUGCGCCAUAUUUACUAUUGAUCAUGUGACUCGUCAUGUGACACUGUAGAGCUCUUCAAAAGUGGAGAUGAUGGAUGAGUUAAAGAAAUGGUUAUUCAAGUUAAUUGGCAUGACAGAUGGACUUCAUGCAAUCAUCAUUACAGAUAGAGAUGGGGUGCCUGUUCUAAAAGUUGCUACAGAGAGUGCUCCAGAACUGGCACUGCGUCCUAGUUACCUAGCAACCUUUGGCAUGGUAACAGAACAGGCCAGCAAGCUAGGUAUAGGCCAGAACAAAUCUAUGGUCUGCAUGUAUAACAAUCACCAGGUUGUACACUGGAACAAACUGCCUUUAAUAGUAACUCUGGUAGCAGAUGCCAAUGCCAACACAGGAAUGAUAUUAGCCUUAGAAACAGACUUAGAGGAUACCAUUGAGGAAUUGCGGCAUGCUGUGAAAGCGACGUAG